CAGCGCCGCCACACCCCGCCCGAAACCACGUGGGUCUGCUCGCACACGCGCAGUGGGGAGCCGAAGGGGACGCCGGGAACAGGAAUUUCUCCACAUGGCUUCCAAAGAAGUGACCAUUACAGUUCGCCUCAUUCGUUCAUUUGAGCAUCGCAAUUUCAAGCCUAUAGUAUAUCAUGGAGUUAAUUUGGACCAAACUACAAAGGAAUUUAUAGUAUUUCUAAAGCAAGAUAUUCCUUUAAGGACCAACCUGCCACCACCAUUCAGAAAUUAUAAAUAUGAUAAACUAAAGAUUGUUCAUCAAGCACAUAAGGCAAAGACGAACGAGCUUGUGUUGAGUCUGGAAGACGAUGACACACUCAUGCUGGAAGAAGACAGCACGCUGCGUGCCGGUGGAAUCGCUCAUGAAACUGAAAUUGCAUUUUUCUGUGAAGAAGAUUAUAAGAACUACAAAGCUAAUCCCAUUUCAUCCUGGUGAAAACCUCUUGGGGGCUCCCUUUUUGCAUACCUGUAUUAAGCUCUUUAUUCCACUAGUGAGUUUUGGAAAUUGACAAAUAAACUUAAAAAUUAAUCUCAGGCUCUGCUAUUUGAGCUGAAGUCUGUGGUGUUUUCUCUAACUGCAGGUCUGCCCUUUUUCUUUCUUUCUUGUUGUAAAAUAAUAUAUAUUUAUGAGAAAAACAUUUUUUUAAGUGAAAGAAAUAGUUAU